AUGUCCGGGAUAGAGGUCGCAGGGCUUGCUGUUGGAGCAUUCCCAAUUUUGUUUGAGGCCUUCAAGGAGUUCCGGAAGGCGGCCAAACCCCUCAAACUUUGGUGGCGUUUUGAGGUAGAGUUCGAUAAUUUUCUUGCGGCGGUACAGAGAGAGCAAAUCGCGUACUCGCAGAAUCUCGAAAUCUUGAUAGAUGCUCUAGAUCUUUCGGAGCACGAGAAGACGACUUUGCAGAAUGUGCCAGAAUCAAAUGUUUGGUACGAACCUCGAGUUCAAUCAGCAUUGCGGCGGCGACUGCAGAACCGGCACUAUCCCUGGUUUAUGGAACAGCUGAGAGACACAAAUGUUGCCGUAGAGAAGCUUCUAGGGCUCCUCCCAAUCGGAAAAGCUUAUUUGGUCGACUCGAAAAGCAUCGAAGCAGAGAUGUUUCGACUAAAGAGAAGUUUUUCAAGAGAAAAGGAUGACCUUCUCGGCAUUGUGAGAGACAGAAAUGAGGCCAUUUUCCACUUCCUGAACCGUGAUUCCAUGGUGAAUCAUGCGAAAACCCAGCCACUGGAGCAAAUUGAAAAUCCUCGUUUCCUUUCCCUUCAGACACAGGCAAGGGAUAUAUAUGUUUGCCUAAGACAGCAUUGGACUUGCACUUGUCCUGAAAUGCACCCUUGCGGCAUCACUGUUUCGCGAAACCAUAUCAAUGGGAACCCAUUAGAGCUGAGUUUUAUCUUCAGCGGAGAGGAUACGCCUAUUCUCAAGGUUCAGUUUGACGAAGUACAGCUGCCAACCAUCAAAAUUAGUGAACCCGAAGACGAAGAUAUAGCCAACCUCCGCAGCCAACUAACAAUUAGAAGGCAUAAAGCUAGAAUAAUCUCGGAUAAGGGGACCAAGGGCAUCCUCUCCUCAAUUGGUCUUUUGGCAUUGGACUCAGAAGCUCGGAGAAGUUCCUCAUUCCAGGAUCGGACGCUUGAAAGACGUACAAGUUUGCUAGAAAGGGGAAGGUCAUUUUUGAGAUCAUCUCGCUAUAAGAGCAUAGAUGCAGAUAUCCAUGAGCCAACACCGGCAAUACCAGAGAAGCGCCGAAUAAGCGCUCCCAGUUUCAAGGCCCAUGAUGCCGAAUCCUUCCCAAAGGUUCGGUUCUUAUGCGAUGACUCCACGCCAAGUUUCCUAAAACCUGCCAACCCAAUGGGUGAUCUCUGCUCUAUGCUCAAGACCCCUUCUGUCAAUGAUUUACCAGGAUUUUGGAAUGCUGGUCAAGACAAGAGGAUUCUAUUAACAAUGGGUCCAUACAAUCAAGCCGAAGGGCGCAAAGAUCAACUUACGUCCCUCGAGGAAUUUUUGUUGUCAACCGCAAGACGAGAUCACCGUGUUGAGCAAGCGUUGGGAGUACUUGUGACGAUAUUGUCCCUGGGACCUUUGCCUCUGGUCCCCAUGGGAUGGGACAAAUCCAAGAUCUUUCUACGAUCUUCUCAGAUCAAAAUUGCAGAGCCCUAUUUAAGUCACAGCUCAUUGAAGCUCGCAGUCAACAGCGAGAGCCAUCCUCGGCGGCCGGACGAGGUAGCCAAAACAUACAUGUUUGCCAUUGGAGUGUUGCUACUUGAAUUGCUCUUUCGGGAGACCCUUGAGCGGCAGCCGUUCAGAACUCAAUUCCUUGGCCCGACCGGAGAACCAAACGAAUACACAGACUUUUGCACUGCGAUGCAGUGGCAGAAAAAGGUGAUGGAAGAGUGUGGCACCGGACUAGCUGACGCAAUACACCGUUGCAUCGUGUGUUCGUUUGACAGCCCUCUGGAUCUUUCAAGUCCUUCUUUUGUAAACUCGGUAUGGCAGGGUGUCGGUAGGCCUGUCGAAGAAUUCUUGAAGGCAUGGGACCCGGCCGUGUGA